AUGGAUAUUCAAGAUAAUGAUGAGGAGGUCGAAGAAGAUGCCGAAGUAGUAUCAAGACCAAGAAAGAAUUCUACAGCAUUGUAUUUAUCAAGAGAUAAUUUUGAAAAAAAGGUCUUAGCUAUGGAAACCAUAAUUGCUAAUAUGGAAUCCAAAAACAAUAGCCCAAAAGCUUAUCAUGAUAAUAACUUCAAGAAAAUUAUUUUCUGGUUUAUUAUUAUAGAAAUAAUAUUAGCAACAAAUUUAAUCAACCAAAUUUUUUCAUCCGACACUUUGUCUGAAAAGGCAAUGAGUUUGGUUUAUUCUUUCUUAAUUUCAAUAAUAAUCUAUACUUUUGCAAAAUUAUAUAGAAUUACCUGUGUAAAAUUAAGAAAUUAUAAUGAAAAAAAUUUAAAAAAAUUAUAUUGCGGUCUCGAAAGAUUAUUCGAGGAAAGAAAACGUGUGACGGAUUACGAACACACAAAAAAACUUAUCCAAAAUUAUGAAAAUUUUAAAAGAAAAAAUAUCAAAAGUUGA